AUGAUCCGUGGCGAGUCCUCGGGAAUAUCCACUCCCGCAUCGCGCUUCAGGAAUGCGCUGACGUCAGCAGGCGAGAGAGAGGAGGAGGAGGAGGAGGAGGAGGAGGAGGAGGAGGAGGAGGAGGAGGAGGAGGAGGAGGAGGAGGAGGAGGAGGAGGAGGAGGAGGAGGAGGAGGAGGAGGCGCGCAACGCAGCGAAGUCCUUCUCGUCCACGCCCGCACUGCGAAUAUCAGCCAACGUUCUGCCUGGAAUUACUCACGAUGUGGAGUCCAUCGAGACCUUCAUCCGCCACCACGCCGACCUUGCUGACGACUCCGUCACCACCUUGGCUAACGUGGCAUAUUUCCUGUUCGCCAUGUCAGAGCUCACCCACCAUCCACUCGCUCCACACAUUCCCAGGGGUCUGCGGCAGCGCAUGGCUCAGGUGGUGCACAGCUCCAAGGAGGGCCUGUUGGUGUGGCGCGCUGCCUCCCUGCUCGCGCUCACUGAGGCCUCUGGGGGGAACGAGGCAUGGCAGCCCAACAUCGGCUACGACUCGCCCACACCAUCCCACAAACACAUGAGCCUUGCAGGCCUCUUCUCUGCUGCAGCCAAGGCAGUGACAGCCAUGCAGCAAGGCAGUGGCGAUGCAGACGGUGCUGACGUGGAUGCUGACGUGGAUGCUGACGUGGAGGCUGACGUGGAUGCUGAGGUCAAGGUUGACGUAGACGCUGACAGGGGCAGGGAGAAGAAGAGUGAGGAGGUGGUAAAAGUGGAGGGGGGCACAAGGGAAACUAUGCAAGUGGAGUGUGAAGGGAAGGAAGAGGAAGCUGCCAGGAAGGAUCAGCUCGUGAGCGAAGGGAGGACUGAGGAGGGUGAGAAGGAAGGGGGUGGGAGAGAAGGGGAAGAGGAGGAAGGUGUGGAGGAAGUGAGGGUUUCAAGAGGAGCGGGUACAGGAAAGGGAAAAAAGAGGCGGGGGAGGGGGGGGAAGGUAGGUGCAGGAGGGCGGAGGGUUAAGGGGAAGCGGGCUGCUGAGGGGGUGACGGGGGGUGAGGAGAAGGCGAGUGGGGAUGUGGAUGAUGAGGGAGUGAGUGAAGUGGAGAUGGUGGGGGGAGAGGGUGAUGAUGAAGUGUUGGAGGUUAGUGGGAGUGAGAUUGAGGAGGUGAAAGGGAGUGUGGUGGUGGAGAGUGGUGUGGCAGAGUGUAGUGCUUUGGAAGUGGAAGAAAGUGAGGACGUGAAAGAGUGUGUGGAGGUGAAAGAGAGCGAGGAAGGUAUGGAGCGUGAGGGAGUGAAAGAGAGCGUGGAAGUGGAAGGGGAUGAGGAGGUCAAGGAGUGUGUGGAAGUAAAGGAGAGUGAGGGAGGGAAAGAGAGUGAGGAAGGAGUGGAAGAGGUGAAGGUCCUUACAGUGGAGGAUUCAAGCAGCAGUCAUCCUGCUGCAGGGCGCUCAGGGGAGGUACAGCUGGUGAAGGUGGUACCUGGAGUAGGCAGCAGCGCUCAGCCAGUCACCACCAGAGUGCUGAGGUCACAAAGCAAUAAGGAGGUGUCGAGUGCAGUGGAAAGAGGUGCUGGAGAGGUACACCGGGGAGCUGUAGCGAGCGGAACAGAGACAGAUGGAAAGGGGGAUGGAGGGGUGGGAAAGAAAGCAGGGGGAGUAGAGGAUGCGGAGGAGGAGGAAGCUGCAGCUGACGAUGCCAUUUGCCAGUCGUUGGCAUCAUGCCGGCUGCUGCUCCUAAUCAUCGAUGCUCUGCUGAGGGACUUCCACCACCGCCGCCACACGCUGCUCAACACUCGUCCAUCUCUCUCCAAGGAUCGGCGCCUCGAGACAAUCGAGUCAACGCUGCUCUUCCGGUUCCUUCAGGGCCAAGGGCCUCUAGGGCUGGAGCAGCUGUGGGAGAGCGUUGUGGCUCUUGUGUUUGCAUGUGCUGGGGAGGAGGAAGAGGAGGAAGAGGAAGAAGAGGAAGUGGAAGAGGGGGAAGAGGAAAAGGAUAGCGAGAAGUUAGGCCUGGAGAGUAAGGGAGGGGCGGAGGACAAGAGGGAAGCAAAACAUGAUGGGGAGGAGAAGGUCGAAGGGGAGGACGAUGACGAGCAAGGGAGAACGAGAAAGCGUGCUAGGAAGGGAGAGGAGGGUGACAGGGAGGAGGAGCAGCGUGAGAAGGAAAAGGAAGGAGUGAAGGACGAAUUGGGUGGUGAAGCGACGGGAGAGAAGUGUCAAAGGGGAGAAGCGGAGGGGAAGGAGGGACAGGAGGGAGUGCAGGCAGCAGUGCAGGGAGUGGUGGAGAAGGAGGUGAAGCGUGAGUGUGUGCGGAGGGCACAACAUUGUGUCGCUCCCAAUCGCCUGGAGCUGGCUCGAGCAGCUCAGCUUCUGCUGGGUGCUGUGUUGGAUCUGCAUGGUAUCAUAGCGGACAACGAUGGGUACCGCAGAGCCAGGAAUGAGAAGGAGGCACUGGAGGAUCGACUGGUGAGGCUCUUCGCGUUGGAGCCCAGCGUUGCCAAGAAGAGCUUCUUCCUGCAGACCAUGGUGGACCCAUGCCACAAGUAUCAUCUCAUCGUUCUCCUCUUCUCUCGCUUCGGCCCUGUCAAGCUGAGGGCGUCACUGGCAGCCGACCCCAGGGGAGUGGGGGUGGGCAGGACAACCCUGGCUGCCCUCCUGCAGCACUUGGGGUGCAGCAAUGUGUCCCAGCUCUCCAAGGGCUCGCAGAUCAAACGAGACCUGCUGGCCGUGCUGCUGUGCCACGCCUGCCAGGCGUACUUUGACAUCAACCCCAACGCGAUAUUUGAGUCGCUGCAAGCACAGAAGCCCAAUGCAAGGGGGAAGUGGCCAAGCAGGAAGAAGGCAGCACAAGUAGCGGAGGAGUCCGCACUGCAAGAGGCAGCAUCAGCAGCACCAAUGUCCAUAUGUGACAUGAUAGCUGAUGCAUCACACGCGUGUCCCUUCACGUAA